UUCAGUUCCCAGCUGGACCGAGUGACAGCUGCGUCACCAGAGAGUAAAACUACUGCCACCCGUGUCCAGGUGAAUCAGCCCCGUUGAAGCGGGACAUUUGAGCCCCCUGUGAACCAUGGAAGAAGACGCGUCCCGCGCCGAGCCCUGCAGCGUCUCCGGCAGCACCCACACCAUCCCGCAGCCCGAAACCACGGAGAUCCUCCUCCCGAGCUUCAGCCAUUCCUCCGCCCCGUCCUCCCCGACCCCGACCGGCACCCUCUCCCGGCUGGGCUUCAAGAGUCCGAGCAGCCCGACCGCGGCCGCGCCGGGCAGCCCGCUGGACCGCGGCCAGGUGAGCGCCAUCACCGUGGUGGCGCUGCUGGACAAGCUGGUCAACAUGAUGGAGGCGGUGCAGGACAACCAGCAGCGGAUGGAGCAGCGGCAGGCCGACCUGGAGGGCGCCGUGCGGGUCGUGCAGGGGGACGUGACCCGCCUGUCCAAGACCCACGUCAGCACCUCCAACAGCGUCAGCAAGCUGCUCGAGCGCUCGCGCAAAGUCAGCGGGCACCUGAAGGACGUGAGGGAGCGCAUGGACAAACAGGCGGUGCAGGUGAAGAAGCUGGAGGCGAACCACAGCCACCUGCUGAAGAGGAACCACUUUAAAGUGCUCAUCUUCCAGGAGGACAAUGAGAUCCCCUCCAGUGUGUUCGUCAAGGACUCCCUCAAGACCCCACAACCAAGCCAGUACGAUGCAGAAUCCAUCCUUCCUGCUCCGUCUGUUACCGGCUCCAUCGAUGGCAGCCGUGCUAAUGAGGAGGGUCUUCAGUCCAUUACCCUUUCCUCCGAUGAAGAGGAUUACCUUCCAGUACACCACGAGGAGGACGAGAUGUGUAUGGGCGAGGGUGCAAUGAGUCCGGGCACUUCCCACUCCUUCGAGAGAAGGGCUGACAAGUUCAAGCGCAACAGCCUGAAGAAGGUUGAUAGCCUCAAGAAGGCCUUCUCACGUCACAGCAUCGAGAAGAAGGUGAACCAGAUCACCACCAAGAUCGUGCCUCCAGAGAAGCGUGAUAAAAUCAGGAAGAGCUUCACCCCUAAUCAACCCAAGAGCCCGACUGCCAAGUCUUCCUCUUUCAAGGUAUCUCCCAUGACCUUCAACGUCAAGAAGAUCAGAGACGGCGAGGCCCCCACACAAGACAAGGGCUUACCUGGGGACGAAGACCACGUGGAGAUUCCUGCUCUGGAAAGCUUUGAUGGAGAGAUUCCCUUUGCAGAGGUGCAUACCCAGGAAGGAGUUGUGGAGAAGAUGCUGAGUCCCUCCACCCCGGAGAGCAUGAAGGCACAGCUGGCAAUCAACGGAGAGGCACCGAGCAUUGAAUGCGAGAUGAAUGGCGAUCGUUCCGCUGGCCUGGCAGUUCCAGAGCUUGAUGAAGAUGUUGGUGAGGAGGAGGAAGAUGAGGAGGGAGAAGGGGAGAAACACAAAAGCCCUGUUGAGGCCGCAGCGGAAGCCAAGAUUCCCACUGCAACAAUUACUGUAGAGCAAGUGUCUUAAUAUGAUUUAAUUUUAGUGAGCAGCAAUUUUAGUUUACCAUUCUUUCUUUUCUUGCAAAAAAAUUCAACAUUCGUAAACACCCAGCAGGGACAAAUUAUCCCUCCAUUGUAAACAGCCUUUCAAUUUUGCCAUAAACCCCCAUAUACACUAGAAACAUACUCUCAGCUUCCUAUGAUAGUCUAUGACACAGACUGUAUGAGCAACUGGGUUCACAACUAGGCCUCUCUGUGUAUCCGGAUCCCGUUCAAGUGCUUCCUAAACCCUGUAGCAGGGCGGUCCAAAGAAAGCACCAUUCCACCGAUGUACCUUAACUGUAACUUACUCCCAUCAACUGGUGCCCACACCGUCAAUAGGGGCACAUCUCCAGGGCGCUGGGCCAACUAUCUCCCUACUGCUGUGUUUGUCUGCCUCUGGAGCUCUCUUCCUCGCUGACAAAUAGCCUAUUCGUUCUUUGUGUUUUUUUUUUCUUUUUGUGAGAAUAAAUAGUAAAUCUUUGGCUACAGUGGUACUACUCACUGCCUGUUGAAGCAGUGUGUUGCCAGGUUGUGCUCGAGUUGGAAUGGGGAGGUUCAGGAGUUUUCAGUGAAAAGGCCCCGGGGUUUUUUGUAGUGAACUAGAGGUUGUUUACUAAAUUCUUUUGGACCUAUGUUGAAAAAAACAGCCCAGAUCUUAACUUACAGGUUGAUAUUCUUCAGUUGUGUGAGUGCCGAGGUCUUGUCUCCUGUCCUUUAUCUGCGCUCGACAAAUUUUGUAUUACUUACAUAUUGACAUAUCUAGAAUACCACGUGCAUUUGUGUUUGCCAAUUCAGUAACCCCCAGGUGCAGACAAUUAGAAUAGAUAGCAAACAAAAGAGUCUAAAUGUUCUUGACAAUCACACUAAUUAAAAGAGAGAUAAAAGAUAAAUACCAGUUAACAUGUUUGUGCUUAAUUACACUGACGCAAAUGAAGGACAUCGUUGCGGGAUAGAAGCUACUCUAAAUGCCUAGACAAAUUAUUGACACAAAGAAACCUGCAGGUUUAAAUACUGACAUACUAAAUGUCCCUUUGACAGCCCUUUGUCUUCUCUGCAGGGCAAAUUUGUAUGUUUCUGUACAGGAAUUAUUUUUUGUUUUUCUCUUUGUGAGGCACACUACUUCCCAGGUAUUUACAGCUUAAACACUAUAAAACAGUAACUUUACGAUAACUGCCUUGAGUGUGUGUACUUUAUACAGUGAAUGUUGUAUCUGUGAAUUUGUUUUGAGUUACUAUAUGAUACUUUGGUGUUUGUAAGUCGUCUUUUUUCUUUCAGGCAUCCACGGUGAAGUGUUUCAUAUGUUUAAGACGUAAACACUAUCUUAUACAUUUGCCAGCGCACCAUCACUAAAUCCCCUCCCCCUACAUACAUUCACACACACUCCUACAGUGCCUUUUACCUUGCACAAGUUGGUAUGAGUAACUGAAGUCCUGAAGGGAUGGAUUGUUUUUGUAGAUAAGAGUGAUAGAAAGACACAGCUGAAUUUUUUUUUCUUCUUCUGAGGAAUUCCUUCCAGCUGACACUUUAUGGAGCAUAGUAACGGGUUGAUACUGAAUAAAUUAAAAGCUGAGAACGUUUAAGUCAGAAGGAGGUGCAAACUCACACACAAUCAACCUCAUGUUUGGAAGUCAUGCUGGAAUUUUUUUUUUUAAAAAAGUGCCCUUCCUCUUGUUGCACACCAUUAGUGCUAUAGCAGCCUUAAUAGCAGGUGUCCAAUGCCAGGACUCCCUAAAAAUAAUUUAGCAAGUGGUACCAGGUGCCAAGGAUCCAGACACUAGAGAGGUCACAGAAGUGGAUAAAGCAAGAGGACAGCAUUCCUAGCUUUGAUAGAUGACUCCUGCUCAGCCCAUUUUUCAUGCUCUUGGCCUCCUUGUUUAGACUGUGCAAAGGGUGGGAGACGCUCUGUGGAGCCACAGGUGUUCCGCCCCUGUAGAGGUUCCUGGGCAUGAGCUUGUAGUGGAAAGGGGUCAAGUUUGGGUGUUUGAAAGAACUUAAGUGAUUGGAAAGGAGGAUAAAGUUGCCGUGGGGUUGCGCGUAAAAUGUAAACGCAUGUAAAAUUGUGAGAGUCUGAAAUGCAUUAAACCAUGGGAACUAACUGUGCAAAAUAAAUAAAUAAAUAAAAUCAUACUUCUUUGAGGUCUGAUGAACACAGGAGAAAAGUAGUGCACAUGACAUAGCAUAAAUAUCUUAAACUAUUUUUUGACUUAAAGCCUUUCACUCUAUGUGCUUUGUGAAUUACAAAAAUUAACCUGCCAGUUUGCUCAAUGGGAUCUGUAAGGAGAAAAAUAAAUAAAUAGACAUGAAUGAUUUUAAAGAACUUGUUACCUGUGUUUAUUUUUACUUUGUCAUUGUGAGUUGUUGUUUUUUUUCCCGUUAUAAAUCCACUCUGUUUAAAUCAUUUUACUGAAAAGGGAUUGAACACUAGGCUUAUGUGUGCAUUCUUUGUACUGUAGAGGUUAAAAUGUGACUGGCUUUGAGGUAUUUCCUGCUUAUCCAUGCAAAUGUGUUACUUUGGUGAUAUCUCUGUCUGCCAAUGGUAAAAAUGCAAUACCUAGAUUUGUGUUUGUGUGUUAAUGCCGUUUUUAUUUGUCUUGAAAUUACACUGUUUCAUUUUGAUCAUAUGUGAGAGCUGUUUUUUUUUUUUUUUUUUUUUUGUUAAAAGUUCAAACACCAGAUACCUACAACAUUCGUCAGGAAGUGAUAUCGUGUUUUAACAUCAUCUUUGUUCAUACAGAGUUCUUACUUUAUAGCCUGUUUAUUAAGAUACCCACUUCAACCAAAGACGUUUCCUUCACAGCAGAAGAUUCCCUGCCACCUGAGUGUUUAAGUGAACUCCUCCUGCCACUUGUUUCAGGCAUCUUGUAAACAUGCAGGUAUUUCCUUUCAGAAUUUAGUAUUGUAUACAUCAAUAAAGAUUUUAUAACAUUCAAA